CCGAAAUUUCUAGGUAGUUUUAGCAGCAAAAGGCCUCAUCGAUGGCCUGUUCGAGGUAAGUAGACCCUGCACACGCGCUCAAUUCCAAACACCAUCAUUCUUUUUGCACAUAUCUUCCGUUGUACAUACAUCUUCUUGAGGUUCUCCGUAAAGAUCCUAUACAAUUGAAGGAGCUUUUCUUUCUAGAUCCUCUUUGUCGCUCGCUUGAACCCAGUCUCACACGCCCUUUCAUCCACGGUCUUUGUUCCACAUCCGGACGUGUUUUGACGAAUAUCAGUCGAUACAAAGUGCUGGAGUCGAGUUAAGUUCUGCUGGUCAGGAGAUACUGCAGCAUGCAACAGCGUUGGUAGGAUUCCUAGGAUUGGUGACUGCAGAAUUCCAGAGGACAAUGUCGGCUAUCCAAGACGUCUUCCGUCGACAGACGACCACCACUUCGGAUUCAAGUCUAUCCCCUGGAGAGCAAGUCCUUCAGCUGGUCGCGAACCCGUUCCAGGCUUCGAUACAAAUCAAUGCAUUCUGGGCUUCCCUAGCCACCUCCUUGGGCAUCAGUGCCGCCCUCGCCCUUCUGUUCUGCUUCAUUCGCCCGCGCAACACCCUCGUUUAUGCUCCGAGGUUGAAAAAUGCGGACAAGGAGCACGCACCGCCCCCAUUGGGCAAGGGCCUUUUCAGUUGGAUAAAACCUGUUCAAAAGGCGAAUGAGCCUUUCUUGGUGCAGAAGAUCGGUAUGGAUGCUGUGGUCUUUCUAAGAACGGCCCGUAUGCUUCGAAACAUAUUUUUGAUCCUCGGAUUUGUUGGCAUUGCAAUCAUGAUACCCGUGAACGUCACAAUGGGCAACAAGACGAUCUCGAAUGGAUCUUCGGCAUUCACAGUCAUGACACCCCUGUACAUAUGGGGUCGUGGCCUAUGGGCUCAAGUCGUGCUGGCCUGGUUCAUGGAUUUGAUCGUGAUAUAUUUCCUCUGGCACAAUUACCGUCGGAUUCAUCAAUUACGACGCACCUACUUCGAAAGUCCCGAGUAUCAAAGGAGUCUUCAUUCGCGGACAUUGCUAAUCCGAGACAUUCCAUCAAAGUCUAGGAGCAACGAAGGCAUUGCUCAAUUGAUGGAUGAAGUCAAUCCGACGGGAGUCACCCCGAGAACCAGUGUAGGACGGAAUGUGAAGGUCCUUCCAGAACUUAUCGAAGAGUAUGAGGAAAAUGUCAAGGAGCUGGAAUCCGUUCUUGCGAAAUAUAUGAAGAAUCCUGACAGACUGCCUGCACACAGGCCUACUAUGAAAGCGCCUCGCAAGUACAAAGGACAAACAGCGAGUGGUAAAGUUGAUGCCAUUGAGUAUCUGACAGAUCGGAUCCGAGCCCUGGAGAUGGAGAUUAACGAUGUUCGGGACCGUGUCGAUAGCCGCGACGCCAUGCCUUAUGGUUUCGCCAGCUGGGAUUCAGUCUCCCAAGCCCAUACAGUGGCAUAUACAGCCCGGAGCAAGCGACCUCACGGCACCAAAAUCCGCCUGGCUCCUAGGCCGAACGAUCUUAUCUGGGAUAACCUCAAGUUAUCGCGAGGAACACGACGCCGGAAACGCUUUAUGAACGGUAUCUGGAUUGCAGUUCUGACUGUGGUAUGGACACCCAUUAACGCCGGGAUUGCUAUUUUCUUGUCCAAUCUUUCCAACCUCGGCCUUGUCUGGAAAGCGUUCAAAACUCAGCUUGACGCCCAUCGCACAGGCUGGGCGAUUGUGCAGGGCAUUGCUGCUCCGGCCAUCACAUCGAUUGUGUACCUUAUCCUCCCCAUCAUCUUCAGGCGGCUUCAGAUCCGAGCAGGAGACGUUACGAAGACUGACCGAGAACGGCACGUGCUUCGAAAUUUGUACGCUUUCUUCACCUUCAACAAUUUACUCAUAUUCUCCAUAUUCUCAGCUGUCUGGCAAUAUGUGACGCUUGUUAUCGAGUACGACCGCGAAGGAAACGAUACCUGGACUUCUCUAAGGAAAGGACAAUUCUUCCUGGUUAUCAUGAGCGCUCUUUGUCAGAUUUCGCCAUUUUGGAUCACUUGGCUACUUCAGCGCAACCUUGGGGCAGCCGCUGAUCUGGCUCAGCUGUGGCACUUGACUUACGUGUGGUUUAUGAAAACCUUCAUGGCACCAACGCCUCGACAGAAGAUUGAGUGGACAGCACCUCCAGCAUUCGACUAUGCCAGCUACUACAACUAUUUUCUCUUCUACACCACGGUAGCGCUCUGCUAUUCUACCCUUCAGCCGAUCGUGUUGGUUGUGACGGCACUUUAUUUCUCUAUUGAUUGUUUCCUCAAAAAGUAUCUUUUGAUGUACGUUUUUGUCACGAAAACGGAGUCUGGAGGUCAAUUCUGGACCACCAUCUUUAACAGAGUGGUGUUCGCGGUCAUGCUUUCGAAUGUGGUGAUUGGUGUGGUGGUGAAGGCGCGUGGGACAUGGACACUUGUCAUCUGUAUUGCGCCUUUGUUGGUCAUCAUGCUCAUUUUCAAGUGGUACUGCAUGAAGACAUACGAUCUGAACCUCAAAUACUACGCGCGAGGCAAAGGUCAAGACCAGGAACACUUGGCCGCCGACAGCCACCCGCAUAAGAUGGAAAAGAUCUCGUCCAAAUUUGGACAUCCGGCUUUGUACAAGCCGCUGGUGACGCCAAUGGUACAUGCAAAAGCCCAGCAUCUACUCGGAGAGGUCUAUCGAGGCAGGCUGAACUCAGAUGGAGGGCAAGCCGUCGUAUUCUCGGACAUUGCCCUGCAGCCGAUGGCUCAAACGACCAUGCCGAACCAGGAAGUGCCGCUCGAAAUUGUUCCUGAGGCUCAACAAGAUUUCCAGUUCUACAAGAAUCGCUCGGAUUUCCGUGAUGAAGCCGACGACCUGCUUUCGGAACGAAGCCACACGCCAAUGUCCUCUCUUGGAAAGCAAGAGUAUAGCUCACGACCAAGUACUAGAGGAGCCAGCCCGGCGCCACUUCAAGAGUACCGAGGCGUACCUCAUCGCAAGCAGUUCGACCAAUCUCAAGUACCCAGUCAAUUCAGAUCUGGUGGUCGCACUUCGACUGAGGGUGGCGAUCUGGGGCUACGUCCUCAUAAUGGACCUUACACAGAUCCUUACGACGACCGGACUAAUUUGCUGAACGGGGUUGGAGAUGUCCGGACACCGACUGGCGAAUUCAUGUCGCUGGAUCGAUGGCGGACACCUGGUGAGAGCAGAACUGGCACUGCUACGCACACACCAGACGAAGAGUGGAAUACGAAUUACGACUAUUUCAGAUCCAGACGGUGAUCAGGAAGACGAUGGGGGAGAUGUCCUCACCUAUCCAAAAGUUGAGCCUUGUUUCCGGGAGAGGCGUUCCAAUAGAGGAGAUAGACUUAUGACGAUAUGAAACGGAUAAUGAUCAAGAUGAUAGAUGCAGAAUUGUCACUGAUGAAUGCAGAAUGUAGAGCAUCACACCUUUCGACCUUGUGCACCCACAAAUUGUGUAAUAG